AUGUUUUUUGCUCACCCGAUCUCUUUUUUUUUAAAGCCCGAGCAACUAGCUGUUGACAACCCUCGGCGCCGCAACCGCCGCAUCAAUUCCUGCCUCGCAUGUCGCCAGCGCAAGCUGAAAUGCAACCGUCAACAGCCCUGUUCUAACUGCGCCCGAGCCGGCCGGGAAUGCGCUUUCUUGCGGCUGGACUCGCAGUAUAGCGUCCACAAAAAACUCGCUGUAUUCAAAGAACAGACGGCAUUGCUGGAGAAGUGCCUUGAGCGAGAUACGGAAAUCGCCAAAUCUACCAAACUGGGGCCGGCAUCGCCAGAGGAAGACGAGGAUGAUAUGCUCGUCACCUCACUUGAAUUAGCUUUGUUGGGGAUUCAGGAUGCAGCAUACGAUCAUGAGGAAGAUGAUGACUCGGAUGACGAUCUAUAUGACUUGGGAUUCCGAUUUGGUAAAAUGCGCGUAAACGAGCGGGUGGGAGGGUUUUUCCACCCGCAGAUGGCAGAUGAGGUAGGCAUCCACACCAUCUACGCCACUUGGCUGCUUUCUUUGACGGUCCUUCUGAUAUGCUCGAAUUUGUUUCCUCAGCUAAAGAUCUCUAUUUUGGCCCUGGUCCCUGCUUCAUUCUGCCUCAGUCAGGUCUCGUUCUUCAGUCAACCUUGUUCGAAUUCAUUCAUAAUUGAUUGGGGUUCACGGCGAACUAUGGCGGACGCCCUCCUAAAGCAAUACUGGGAGGCGGUGCAUCCCAUCGUUCGCAUUGCGCAUCGACCUGGCCUUGAGCGGCGCUACAGGACAUUCUGGGAAGCACUUGAUACGGGACGGAGACCGCUUGCAUCAUUGCGAGCACUGAUUUGCUCCAUGCUCUUCAUCGCAUUGGUGAGCAUGUCAACAUCCCGGGUCUUGCAUCAGUUUGGCACUCCGCAGCAGAUCCUUCAGAAUCAACUGCAAUGCGAAACAGAAGAUGCCCUCAAGAAUGCGCGAUUACUCUCGACAACCAGACUGGAGACGCUCCAGGCUUUUGUUCUAUAUCUGAUUCCCAUGUGCCGCAGCGAGAUUUCCCGGGCGCACUCGGCCCUUGUGGGAAUGGCAGUGCGCCUGGCGGAAUCCCUGGGCCUACACCGAGAUCCGAAGGAGUCGCAAUACUCGGCAGUUGAAAGCCACGUCCGUCGGUUGGUAUGGUACCAGAUUUGUUUCCUUGACCUCCGAACGGCCGAAGUGCAAGGUCCACGGGUGGCCAUCCGGCCGGAAGACUUUUCGGUGGAGUUACCCGUCAAUCUGGAUGAUGAGCAGAUAGCAGCCGGGGCGGACGGUGAUCCACUGGUGUGGACAGAGAUGACGUAUACACGCAUUCGGUUCGAGUGUCAGGAAAUGCAGCGGAAGUGCCUUCUAGCGCGACUGCAGUUGGAGCAGAAAAAGCUGCCCCUGUCCCAGGCCCUGCGAGAGAUCGAAAUCUUCCGGCAACACAUGGAGUCCCAAUACGACCCCAUCUUUAGCCAGACCAAUUUAACACCGUUACAGAUAGCGGCUAAGCAUCUGAUGACUCUCUUGAUCAACCGACUCUACACGGCUGUUCUCCACCAGUUCUACCGCGCCCUGAACGUACAGCCCCCGCUCCGGCUGCGGCAGCUGGUCGUGAGCACGGGAAUAGAACAAUUGGAAAGCUCCAUAGCGUUGGAAACCAUGCCUCAGCUGCAGUUGUGGGCCUGGUACAGCCAGGCCUACCACCAGUACCACGUCUCGAUGUUGCUAUUACUAGAGGUGUAUUUGCGGCCCACCAGUCCAGGGGCAGACCGAAUCUGGCCGUGUCUGGAUUACGUUUACGAGACCACAACCGUGGCGGCUUUGGAGGAGGACCGCAAUCUGACCAGUCAGAAUCGCAAAGCUCGGAUUAUUCUGACAGCGCUGCGGGAUCGCAUUGAUGUCUAUCGGCGUAUGAGACGCGCUCGCGUGCCGGUCCAGAGCAAUAGGCCGUUUUCGUCUUUCAGAAUCAGACCACCAGAAAGCACAAGUCUCGAGGACCACCUGCAAGAAAGUGGACCGAUGACCGAUAUGGUCGGCAAUUCCCUGUUCCAUGGCGGGAUGGAGCAGACAGGCCUCACUGGGUAUGUUGCAUCUGGAUGUGAACCAUGGCUGCUUCCACUAGAGCACUCCAGUAAAUCUUUGACCAAUAUCGAUCUACCCGAGCAUAGUAUACUAUCGUCUUUUGUGGAUUUUGACUGGUCAGAGUGGGACACACUUCAUCAUAAUGCCAUGGAUAGUACAUUCUAA